GAGCCGCGGACAGCGUCCCAGGGACUGGCAGCUGCAAUCACCGGGGUCCUGCAGACCGGAGGGUGCAUUGGGGAAACUUGUGCCGGACUUGUCUGAUGCUCUGCUUCUGCAGCAUUUGCAAAAUAGAAUCAAAAGGGGGGUUAAAAGACACCUGAUUCCCUUUAUUUCCAAGCUCAUCCACUUCAAGGUGGCAGCAACCUGAGCUCUGCCAGGAUCUUGCUGCAUGUGCCAGUCUCCCACCUCCAUCCAGCAUCUCACCACCUUGCUCCUGCCCCACAGCACCCCCCCCCCCCCCCCAUACCUCCAUCCAGUCAUCCCACCUCCUCUGCCUGCAAGCCAGCCUGGCUCCAAGUCACGUGUCAGUGCCCGAGGCAGAGACCGAGAGAGAGAGAAGCUGCUCACUCCUUCUCACACCGCCAUACUGUAUUUUACUCCUAAAUAAUCCCAUUUUUAUUACAACAUUUUACCCCCCACUGGUGUGGCACUGACGGCUUUGAGAAGAACCAUCUCCACUUCAGAUGUCUGAGACUUAGGAUGUUUCUUUGCUAGAACUACUGCGAGUGGACCUGGUCGUAGAGAAGUCUGUGAGCGAUCUCACUUACACUCCGGUGACCGGGGACGCUAGCCGGGUUGCCAUGGCAACAAGCUGCAGCCAAUGACAGCCAUUUCCGGGACGACGUCACCGGGACCACAGGCGCGCCUCCCCGACCUCCGGCAGCAGCAGAGCACACGCAUACAAGAUCUACAGGGAUAUAAGCUCCGGUGACCGGGGACGCUAGCCGGGUUGCCAUGGCAACAAGCUGCAGCCAAUGACAGCCAUUUCCGGGACGACGUCACCGGGACCACAGGCGCGCCUCCCCGACCUCCGGCAGCAGCAGAGCACACGCAUACAAGAUCUACAGGGAUAUAAGGUUAUUUGAAAGAUACAACUAAACAAUCGUUGAAUAAAACUGGAUUCUCGAGUGAGGAGGUUGCAGUAACUGGGAUUUCCAAAAAGGUGACAGGUUACACAUACAAUAAUGACUGGCAAAACACAAACUAGCAACGUCACAAACAAGAACGAUCCAAAGUCAAUCCUUUCCAGAGUCUUCAUUGGCAACCUCAACACUGGCAUUGUGAAGAAAGGUGACAUUGAAGCAAUAUUUGCUAAGUAUGGAAAAAUAGUUGGAUGCUCGGUUCAUAAAGGAUAUGCAUUUGUACAGUACGUCAGUGAGAGACACGCCAGAGCCGCGGUUGCAGGAGAAAAUACGCGGAUUGUCGGAGGUCAGCCGCUAGACAUCAAUAUGGCCGGAGAACCAAAACCUUAUAGGCCAAAACUGGGAACAAAGAGACCUAUUUCCUCUUUGUACAGCAGUUAUGAGUUUGAUUAUGAUUACUACCGUGAUGAUUUCUACAAUCGGUUGUUUGAUUAUGGACAUGGACGUGUUCCACCACCACCUCGUGCCGUUAUCCCACUGAAACGUCCCCGUAUAACUGUGCCAGUAACGCGUAGAGGCAAAGGAGUGUUUUCUUUAAAAGGAGGAUCGAGAUCUGCCUCCAGUGGAGCCUCCUCAGGGUCAAAAUUGAAAUCAGAUGAGCUGCAAACAAUCAAAAAAGAACUGACCCAAAUCAAAACGAAAAUCGACUCUCUGCUGGGCCGGCUGGAGAAGAUUGAAAAACAGCAGAAGGCUGAAGCAGGUCAAAAAAAGCAAAUAGAAGAUCACAUAGAUCUGACACAAGAGGAAUGCAAGUCAGAAAACGCAGAUAAUUCCAUUGAAGAACACAUUGAAGGAGGACAUGAUGUAGAUGGGGAAGAGAUGACAGAUGGUAUAGAGGACGACUUUGACGAAGAUGGAAGCAAUGACUUGAUGGAUAAUCAUGUAUCAGACAUCGAAGAUACAAGUAACUGAAUUUAAAAUUUCUGGUAUUAUGUGAAUGAAUUAAUGAUCCUGAGGAUUGUGAGAAGAAUAUGACAUUUAUAUUUAUGGGUGCACAAAUACCUGAAAAAUAUUUACUUUAUAUUUUCUCUUAACCCAUGCUUUAAAAUUGUAUCACUGUAAAUAUUUUUUUUGUUUUUUUUUUGUUUUGUUUUUGCUGAGAUUGGAAAUAAUUUUUUUCUUCUUUUUUGUUGAUAUGGCUUUUUUUUCAAUUAUCAUACAUAUCUUUAAACUAGUUGAAGAGAAAAUUGAGAAAUUGUAUCAGCAUUUUUUUAGGAUUAGCAUAUUUUCUGUCUGUUGCUACAAUUGCAUUUGGUUUGUGAUUGCAUCUUUAUCUGUUGUUUGUCUGUACUGAAAUGUAUGUAUAUUAGUACAUUUGCACUCCUGUGCUGAAUUCACAAAUUUGUUUAUUUAAAUGUAAAUAUUUAAAAUAAUUAAUAGUCUUUAUUAGUAACAGUAAAAAAAUACCUGUUGUGGUUUUCUUCUUAUUGGCUUAUUUGUAUUUUCACAAUGAAAUGUAUUUGGAAUGGAUUUAUUUGGCCCCUUUCAUUAUCAGUAGAUAUUUAAAACAUGUCCAAGCCACUUUUUAAUUUUAAAUUCAUAUUUUUGUUCUGUCCUUUUUUUUAAAUGUAACAGAAUACAAUUAUAUUAAAACGUUGAAUUCAUUAUUUGUUAGGAUAGAUUUCUUUAUAUUAGUUUUAUUUAUAUCAGUUACAAAAACACACAUCUCACUUAAAACAAAUGAAGCAGUGUACAUACACUGUAAGACAGAGAAAAUCACUGCAAUCUAAGGUUAGAUGUAUUUUUUUACAGUAGAAAAAAUAUAUACAAAGACAUUUGUACAAAUAUGAAAGAAAACGGAACAUUUUUAUCAAAUUCCUUAAUUUGGCUUAAGAAAAUUGGAAAUCUGUAUUUUUAUUCAUCUAUAAUUUUAUUUUAAUAAAUAUAUUAUUAUUAUUAUUUAAAAAAAAAUAUGAAAUGCAAUUCAUAUUCCUUAAACGAUUGAUAAACCAAGGUUUAUGUGUAUUUCUUCAAAUUAAAGUAAUAAUUUAUGUGAUAGAACUCCCUUACUUUUUUCUUGUUUUAUUAUUUUAUUUACAUUUGUGUUUAAUCAUUACAUUAAGAUGAUCCAAGUGGGGACCACAUUGUUACAGAUGGUCCUAAAGGCUUUUUAUCCCCACCCCCAGCUUUUCAGCAAAUUGGCAUUCUGUAGCAUCCAGUGUAUGGCUUGGUAUGGCUUGAUAAUUUUUUUAAUGAAAUUUGCUUCUCAGCAUGUAUUUUAAAAAUGUAUAUGCCCUUUAUCCAUGAAUAGCUGGAUAUAAUAAUCAUAUAAUAAUAUUUACAGUUUACAACAAAUUAAUUUGUCUUUGAUUUUGUCUUUUCAGUCUUACAUCUAUCUUACUGCCAUCCUCACUGCCACCUAAAUCUAAAGUUUAAAAAAUACAAAAAGUUAUAGAAUUAGUAAUAUGUUCAAUGCCAUUAUAAAUUUGAUGAAAUAAUAUUCAAAUCAGAUAUUGGUUGUUUGCAAAUAACAUAAAUAAUAGCUCUACAUCCCACCAUUAAUGAGUGUUGUAAUUAUCUUGGUAAAGUCUCACUUUUAUCAGCCCAGCUACCUUUUCACUUACAAAAGAGAGAAACAUGUUUAAAAAUGCUGUAAUAAUUGUAACCAGCAUCUACAUUUAAACAAAGAUGUUGUUUAUACCGAUGAUUAUGUUUUUAUCCCAAUAUUUUCAAAAUGGUAAUUUAAAAAAUAAAAUAUCCAAAACCUUUUCUUGCCAGUACAAUCUUAUUGUCAAGCAAUUGCAUUAAUAUUGAUUUUGAUGUAAUCAAAAGUUAUAUCUGUGGACAGCUGUGAUCAAGAUCUCUUUGUGUGUAGAAAAUGUUCAAUCUUUGUUAUUUGCUUUUAAAUGCACAUGUACAUUGUAGCAUUGUUUCUGCAUUUAUUUCCUUACUAUGCCAUAUUUCUUUCAAUCAACAAUAUAAUUAAUUUAUGUAUAUUUAGAAACAUGUUACUUAUGCAAGAGGCCAUUGUAUUUAUUUUGUUCAAAUGUGUAAAAAUACUUUUUAAAUGUUUGUAAAUAAAUAUUUUCUUGAACUUA